UAACAUCAAUCCUCUCACCAUUUUUUCUUCUGCAUCGUUUUCAAUCCAUUUCCAAAUUAAUAUGAAGCUACAGAGAAUGCGAAGCCACCGCCAGCAGCAGCAGGUGUCGUGGCGGCGCACGGUGCUGCGCAAGUGGCUCAAUAGAUCGACCAGCAACUCCGAUUACUCCGCUGACAGUGACUUCAGCUCAGACUCUGAUUCCGAUCAAGAAUAUUGUGAGAGACCAAAGGAAUCAAGGUUCAAGCAUGAAAAACAUGAUAAUGUGAAGUUUGAUACUAAAGAAUGUUGUGAUGGGCCCAAAGAGUCCAGGUUCAAGAAUGAAAUAGCUGAAGAACUGAAGAUUGAUGCUAAUGAGGCUCUUCCGAGGUUAAGACGGCGAAAUUCAGAGACAUUCAGAGCUCAGUACAUUAAGCCCAAGGAAAUCAGAAUAUGUGCAGCCACUUGGAAUGUUGGAGGACUUACUCCUGAUGAUGACCUCGAUCUUGAUGGUUGGUUAGAUAUUGCUGAGCCUGCUGAUAUUUAUGUGAUCGGGUUUCAGGAGAUCAUACCAUUGAAUGCCGGUAACAUAUUUGGAGCUGAAGAUACCCGUCCUGUCCAAAAAUGGGAAAACAUCAUUCGUGAAACUCUCAACCGAGUUUCACCAAUGACUAGGUUCAAGAGCUAUAGUGAUCCUCCUUCUCCAUCUAGAUUUCAGCCAACCGAGGAUGCCUUAGUUAUAGAUGAAGAAGUUGCGCUUGAAUCAGACAGUGAUAUCGAGGAGGCAAUCUACCCCGUGAAUGAGCAUACAUCUGGUUUUGAUGAUGGAGGAACUGAUUUUGAUUGUGAUGAUGCCUCUUUCCCCGAGGACCCUGUUCAUUUUGACAGGGCAAUGGAAAAGGAGUCUCUGCAGUCGUCUUCCUCCAAAAGAUUGGACAGAUUGCACUGCUUAAAGGUCAAUGAUUCUGAGGAAAAUGUUGAAGGGUCUAAUGCUCAGUACACUAAGAUAUUAUCCAAGACACUUAGUGGUACAGAAAAGAUAGGCUUAAGCUGGCCAGAGCCACCACUUGAUCUUCUAGGACAGCAUAUUUUAGAGAAGUCUAAUUCCUUCGGUUCUUCUAAAUCCUUCAAGACUCUCAAAUCUUUCCGGACACACAGCUCUUUCAAAUCUAGUACGAUACAUGAAAGGUCAAUGGAGUCUGACUUGAAAGCAUUGGCGGAAAUCGACCUUGACUCCCUAAUAAGCCGGAAAAGAAGGCCAGCCUAUGUUAGAAUAGUGAGCAAGCAAAUGGUAGGAGUUUUUAUUACAGUAUGGGUGCGGAGGAGCUUGCGAAGAUAUAUACAAAACGUGAACGUGUCUGCUGUUGGUGUUGGUGUCAUGGGCUAUAUUGGCAACAAGGGAGCGGUAUCAGUUAGUAUGUCGGUACAUCAGACGGUCUUCUGUUUUGUUUGUACUCAUUUAACAGCAGGAGAAAAAGAAGCAGAUGCGGUCAAGAGAAACGCUGAUGUGAAUGAGAUUCAUAGACGAAGCCGCUUCAACUUUUGCUCUGCUAUGGGACUUCCUAAUAGGAUAUAUGACCAUGAGAGAAUUAUUUGGCUUGGUGACCUUAACUAUCGAAUCAACUUGCCUUAUGAACGAACGAGAGAGCUAAUAUCCAAGAAGGACUGGUCCAAGUUACUUGAGCAGGAUCAGCUGGCGAGAGAGCUCAAGAAAGGCCGAGCAUUUGAUGGAUGGUCGGAAGGUUCCCUGUGCUUCGCUCCAACUUACAAAUAUGAGUUAAACUCCGAUACUUACAUCGGCGAGGACCCAAAAGCUACUAGAAGAACACCUGCCUGGUGUGACCGCGUCCUCUCCUUUGGGAAGGGAAUGAGGCUGGUGAACUACAGGAGAUCCGAGAUCAAACUGUCCGACCACCGCCCAGUGACUGCCUCGUACAUGGUGGAAGUGGAAGUAUUUUCUCAGAAGAAGUUGCAAAGAGCACUCACUUUCACAAACGCAGAAGUUGAAGAAGAGGAUAUUGUCAUGGAUGUGGGAGUUAAUACUGGAUUACAUCUUCCAAUACUAGAAGAGGACGCUUCGUAUUGGGAGCGUUGAAGAGGCAACAAGUGAUCCCCUGAACGGGCGAUGUUCGUUUCUUUGUUCCGAUUUUUUGGAGGUUAGGAUGCGGAGAUGGCCUGUGUAUAUUUAUGGCUCAAGUCCCUUGUCAUAUGUUGAGUAGCAAAAAAUGUGUAGUAUCAUUGUAUCAUGUAUGUAUCUCUUCUUUCUUUAUUUAUUGUUUUUCAUUUUUAAGAAAUCUAUUUGUAUAUCUAAAUAACGUGUUGAAGUUUUCUAAAUUAUGGUGUAAAGGAGUGAAGGUUUUGUUGCCAA